CCCCGAUCCUGCUAGCUGAGGCACAUGCACGCCAAUCACAGAUUCACGGCAGCAAUGGACGGAGCGGAUCGAUCGAGCAUGGUGGUGUGCGUGACCGGGGCCGGAGGCUUCAUUGGGUCGUCGCUCGUCAAGGAGCUGCUCCAGCGUGGCUAUGCCGUGAGGGGAACCGCGAGGAACCCUGAGGACCGUAAAAAUGCUCAUCUGCACUCGCUGGAUGGGGCCAAAGAACGGCUCUCUCUGCACCGUGCAGACGUGCUGGACUACAAGUCGCUCUGUGCUGCGUUCAGCUUAUGCAGUGGCGUCUUCCAUGUCGCCUCUCCGGUUUCAGAUAAUGAUCCGGAACUCAUGGCGGUUGCUAUCGAGGGAACGAAGAAUGUCAUCAACGCUGCGGCAGACAAGGGAGUGCAGCGCGUGGUGUUCACUUCAUCCUACGGUGCUGUCCAUAUGAACCCUAACAGGAGUCCUGAUCAGGUCUUGGACGAGAGUUGCUGGAGUGACCUUGAAUUCUGCUUAAAAACAAAGAACUUGUACUGCUACGCGAAGACGGUUGCUGAGAGAACAGCAAUGGAGGAGGCAUCAAAGAGAGGGAUACAGCUGGUGGUUGUCGUCCCAUCGUUGACGCUAGGUGAAAUGCUGCAGCCGACGCUGAACUUGGGCAUACAACUGCUCAUCGUCUCCUACAUGAAGGGCGCCAAGAAGACGUAUGCGAACACUGUUUCUGGAUACGUCGAUGUGCAGGAUGUGGCGCGUGCCCAUGUGUUGGUGUACGAGACCCCCACUGCGCGUGGACGCUAUCUCUGCAUUGGCGAUGUGAUGCACCGGUCGGAGUUUAUUCGAAUGAUGAGAGAGCUCUUCCCACAGUAUCCAAUCACUACUAAGUGUAAGGAUGGCAAUGCGGCAAGGGUCAAACCAUACAAGUUCUCCACACAACGGCUGCAGGCUCUGGGCAUGAAGUUCACUCCUCUGAAAGAAACUUUACACAGGACAGUUCUGUGCCUACAAGCCCAAGGUCAUAUUCCAGUGCUCUCGCACAAGUCAGCCUUGUAAGGGCGCAUGUCUAUCAAGGUGGAGGAAUAAGGCGGUCGCGAAAAAGGUGGAGGAAUAAGGGAUUUCAUAUUCGAUGGAAUCCAUAUCUUAAUAUGUGUACUUGAAUAAACUUUCUAUGAGGGUUUGCUAGACUGAAUAAUUUCUUGAAUACUUCACAAAUUCAGCACUACAAAUUUAGGCUUGACAGUUCUCUCUCUGUCAGCAUCUUUUGCA